GGCGCCGUGGGGUUGGCUGCUGCCCUGAGGCCGGACUCAACGGAUUCGGGCCGCGCCACCGGGCGAGCUCGCCGCCCGGCCCCAUCCCGGAGCCAGCGAGCGAGCGAGGCGGCGCCGCGCGAUUUUAUUUAUUUAUUUGACAGCACGAGUAGGGGGUGCACAGAGGGAGAGGGACAAGCAGAUUCCCUGCUGAGCAGGGAGCCCGAGUUGGCUGGAUCCCAGGACCCCAGAAUCACUACCUGAACUGAAAGCAGACACUUAACUGACUGAGCCACCCAGAUUUGCUUGUAAAUGCAUCACGAAGAGGCAACCCAGAAUGAAGAAAGCAAGCAGGAGUGUUGGCUCAGUGCCUAAAGUGUCUGGGAUAAGCAAAACGCAAACAGUAGAAAAAACUAAACCUGAAAACAGCUCUUCAGCAUCUACAGGAGGCAAAGUCAUAAAAACUGGAACAACAGCAUCAUUGUCAAAGACCAAGAGCAGUGAUGACCUCUUAGCUGGAAUGGCUGGAGGGGUGACAGUGACUAAUGGUGUUAAAGGAAAGAAAAGCACCUGCCCUUCCACAGGAUCUUCAGCCUCAGCCCCUGCCAUGACCACUGUGGAGAACAAGUCCAAGAUCAGCACAGGCACAAGUUCUUCAACCAAGCGGAGUACUUCCGUAGGUAAUAAAGAAUCCAGUUCUACUAGAGAAAGAUUACGUGAGCGUACCCGACUAAACCAGAGCAAAAAACUACCUUCUGCGGGUCAGGGAGCUAAUGAUGUGGCAUUGGCCAAGCGUUCCCGCAGUCGCACUACUACAGAAUGUGACGUUCGUAUGAGCAAGUCCAAGUCGGACAACCAGAUCAGUGACAAAGCUGCUUUGGAAGCCAAAGUGAAAGAUCUUCUCACACUGGCAAAAACCAAAGACGUGGAAAUCUUACAUUUGAGAAAUGAACUCCGAGACAUGCGUGCUCAGCUGGGCAUUAAUGAGGAUCAUUCUGAGGGUGAUGAAAAAUCUGAGAAGGAAGCCAUCAUUGCUCACCAGCCAACUGACGUCGAGUCCACUUUACUGCAGUUGCAGGAACAGAAUACUGCCAUCCGGGAAGAACUCAACCAGCUGAAAAACGAAAACAGAAUGUUAAAGGACAGGUUGAAUGCGCUGGGCUUUUCCCUAGAGCAGAGGCUAGACAAUUCUGAAAAACUCUUUGGUUAUCAGUCCCUGAGCCCAGAAAUCACCCCUGGCAACCAGAGUGAUGGAGGAGGGACCCUGACCUCUUCGGUGGAAGGCUCUGCCCCUGGCUCGGUGGAGGAUCUCUUGAGUCAGGAUGAAAAUACCCUCAUGGACCACCAGCACAGUAACUCUAUGGACAACCUAGACAGCGAGUGCAGUGAGGUGUACCAGCCCCUCACAUCGAGUGAUGAUGCCCUGGACGCACCAUCGUCCUCAGAGUCCGAAGGCAUUCCGAGCAUAGAGCGCUCCCGGAAGGGGAGCAGUGGCAAUGCGAGCGAAGUGUCUGUCGCUUGCUUGACAGAACGGAUACACCAGAUGGAAGAGAACCAACACAGCACGAGUGAGGAACUUCAGGCAACUCUGCAAGAGCUAGCUGAUUUACAGCAGAUAACCCAGGAACUGAAUAGUGAAAAUGAAAGGCUUGGAGAAGAGAAGGUUAUUCUUAUGGAGUCUUUAUGUCAACAGAGCGAUAAGUUGGAACACUUUAGCCGACAAAUUGAGUAUUUCCGCUCUCUUCUCGAUGAGCAUCACAUUUCUUAUGUCAUAGAUGAGGAUGUGAAAAGCGGACGCUAUAUGGAAUUAGAGCAACGUUAUAUGGAUCUAGCAGAGAAUGCCCGUUUUGAACGAGAGCAGCUUCUUGGUGUCCAGCAACAUUUAAGCAAUACUUUGAAGAUGGCAGAACAAGACAACAAGGAGGCUCAAGAAAUGAUAGGGGCACUCAAAGAACGCAAUCACCAUAUGGAGCGUAUUAUUGAGUCUGAGCAGAAGGGUAAAGCAGCCUUGGCAGCCACAUUAGAAGAGUAUAAAGCCACAGUGGCCAGUGAUCAGAUAGAGAUGAAUCGCCUAAAGGCCCAGCUGGAGAAUGAAAAGCAGAAAGUGGCAGAGCUGUAUUCCAUCCAUAAUUCUGGAGACAAAUCUGAUAUUCAGGAUCUUCUGGAGAGUGUUAGGCUGGACAAAGAAAAAGCAGAGACUCUGGCUAGUAGCCUGCAGGAAGAUCUAGCUCACACACGAAAUGAUGCCAAUCGAUUGCAGGACACCAUUGCAAAGGUUGAAGAUGAAUACCGAGCCUUCCAAGAAGAAGCUAAGAAACAAAUAGAAGAAUUGAAUAUGACAUUAGAGAAACUAAGAUCAGAGCUAGAAGAAAAAGAGACAGAAAGGAGCGACAUGAAAGAAACCAUAUUUGAACUUGAAGAUGAAGUAGAACAACACCGAGCUGUAAAACUCCACGACAACCUUAUUAUUUCUGAUUUAGAGAAUACAGUUAAAAAACUCCAGGACCAAAAACAUGACAUGGAAAGGGAAAUCAAGACACUCCACAGGAGACUUCGGGAAGAAUCUGCAGAAUGGCGGCAGUUUCAAGCUGAUCUCCAGACUGCUGUAGUCAUUGCAAAUGACAUUAAAUCUGAAGCCCAAGAGGAGAUUGGUGAUCUGAAGCGCCGGUUACAUGAGGCUCAAGAAAAAAAUGAAAAACUCACAAAAGAAUUGGAGGAAAUAAAGUCACGCAAGCAAGAGGAGGAGCGAGGCCGGGUAUACAACUACAUGAAUGCUGUUGAAAGAGAUUUGGCAGCCUUAAGGCAAGGGAUGGGACUGAGUAGAAGAUCCUCAACUUCCUCUGAGCCAACCCCUACGGUGAAAACCCUCAUCAAGUCAUUUGACAGUGCAUCACAAGUACCAAACCCUACUGCGGCCGCGAUUCCUCGCACGCCUUUAAGUCCAAGUCCAAUGAAAACCCCUCCUGCUGCAGCUGUCUCACCUAUGCAGAGACAUUCCAUAAGUGGACCAAUAUCUACAUCCAAACCUCUGACAGCGCUGUCAGAUAAGAGACCAAACUAUGGGGAGAUCCCUGUUCAAGAGCAUCUAUUACGAACCUCUUCAACCAGCCGACCUGCUUCUCUGCCAAGAGUACCUGCCAUGGAAAGUGCCAAGACCAUCUCAGUGUCUCGACGAAGUAGUGAAGAGAUGAAACGAGACAUCUCUGCACCUGAAGGAGCAUCACCGGCCUCUCUUAUGGCUAUGGGAACCACAUCUCCACAGCUUUCCCUGUCCUCUUCUCCCACGGCAUCUGUUACCCCUACCACCCGAAGUCGGAUAAGGGAAGAAAGGAAGGACCCUCUGUCAGCUUUGGCGAGAGAAUAUGGAGGUUCGAAGAGGAAUGCUUUGCUAAAGUGGUGUCAGAAGAAAACAGAAGGCUAUCAGAAUAUUGACAUUACAAACUUCAGCAGCAGCUGGAAUGACGGGCUGGCCUUCUGUGCUCUCCUGCAUACGUACCUUCCGGCUCACAUUCCGUAUCAAGAGCUGAACAGCCAAGAUAAGCGAAGGAACUUCACGCUGGCCUUCCAGGCAGCUGAGAGCGUCGGCAUCAAAUCCACACUGGACAUUAAUGAAAUGGUGCGGACCGAGCGGCCUGACUGGCAGAGUGUGAUGCUCUAUGUGACGGCGAUCUACAAGUACUUCGAAACCUGAGCACGCCAGAAGGAGGACUCUUCCCCGUUACCAAGUGACACCAACACCAUUAGCUAUGCACCCCGUAAAGCUUUCAGCGACUCUCUGGGCUGCCCUGCAGCGUGUGAGCCUUCAGCCAGGGACUCUGAGUCAGGAGAACUCGGGCCUCCAUGGCCCAUGGCUCACGGCUGGCUCCUCGCACUCAACCCGUCCGGCCACAGGUCGGUGUGGGCCCAGCGCACAUCACACAUGCUGUUUGCCACCAGGGUCUUUCUCUGAAGGGAAUAUCGAACUACAUUAGUGCUGUGGGGUGGGAAACCCAGCUCACGCAUAACUGAACUUGGGGAAGGGGUGAAAUUAUGUGGGCAGCUCACAGGGAGUUAGUGAAAGCUUUAGCCACAGCUCUUCUCGACUACUCGCCAGCACAGGGUCUGUCACCCGUGAGAACCAGACAGGAAACUCGACGUCUGGCAGAGGCGCCCCACGAGCAGGCUGCGGGCCUGGACGUGGGCUUGCUUUCAAGGGGUGCAUCACUACAGCAGUGGGACGGGACUGUCCUGGCCCACAUGACCUAGGUGUUUGCAACUUGAGCUAACAGAUUGCAACUCGAGUUCCCGGCUGGCAGGUCCGCCGCUGCUGAAUGGUUGGUUUUGUGGCCGGGGCCGUCAACAGGAAGCAGCCCCAGGGGACCCCUUGCUGCCGCGCCGCGGACCUGUCCUUCAGCCCGGAAGGGGCUUGGAAACCCAGCUCUGGCUUUAAUUUAGGUUUCUGGACAAAAGAAUUGGUCAAAAGGAGUUCUAGUUAAAAUGUUUUUCUCUUAUGAGCAAUAUUGGGGGGAAAUAGCCCCUGUUCUGUUAGUACCAAAGUUAAAUCAUUUUAGUAAAUCUAGAGAUAAAACACAAAAUCUGGACAUUAGCAUGUCGUGAAAGCCAGAAAUGAAGUCAGAGAGCUGAACAGCUGGAGGGAGCCCAGCAGGGUAAUUUAAAGUCACUGCAUCACUCAGAACAAACCCUCCUGGGCAAGAAUUUAAGGAAGUGCCUUAAGUCUCCUUGCAUGGGUACACCGGCCAGAGGGUCUUGGAGGCCGCCACGACCACAGCCACAGCAGGUGGUGUCAGGGCGCAGCCCAGCGAUGGAGUUGCUCUCCUGCCACGCCACCCUCCGGGUUCCACAUAACGGGCAGCCACAGCAGCACCCCUUCCGUGCGGUGGAACCAAAGCCUUAUUACGAGGGAUUCUGGGGAGAUGACUCUCAGGUUGGGACUCAGCCCUUCUUGGGAACAGGGAGCCCACGUCUCACGUGCGCCUAAAACUGGUUUGAACAGUGUCAAGACUUGUUGCUUCUAGAAUACAGCGUGUUUGGCACCGGCAAAGUAGCAUGAGGAAGAGCUGCCACCAGCGGAAGCAGGAUCGCUGCCCCCACCACAGGAUGCAAGGAAGGCUGCCCAGCCAGCACGUGGGCCAGAGGGUUCUGCAUUCAAGCAUGAUGUUCUAGACUAGGAGUUUGACGUGUCUGUAGCCUAGGAAAGAAUGUGUUCAUUGUGAAAUGGGCUGUGUGUGUGUGUGUGUGUGUGUGUGUGUGUGUGGCCUGCUGGCCCAUAGCCCCUGGCUGGCUGGUAAGUGCCCAUCAGCCCUGCCCAGAUGCCUAACCUGGCAGCUCUGGCUGCUGCCCUAACUGGAGGCUUUUUGUGAAAUGCCUGUUUUCAGCUAAGGCGGGAGAGGCUCAGUGAGCAGAACCCAGCCCCAGAGCGCACGGGAAAACCCUGGCGGGGACCUGUCCCCAUCCUCCCUGACCGGGUUCUGUUCUGGCCUCUCUUGCUCCAUUGACAGUUGCCGUGCUAUCAGACAAGGGACUGUUAGGUGUUUUUCACACGUCUCCGCUCGGUCUUCCCGAGUCCCACUGUUGCUCUCAUUUGCCCUCAUGGAAGCCUCCGUUCCUGAUUGCACCCAGUGUGUCUGGUCUGUGGCCAUGUUUUUGUUUAUUUAUUAUUGUUGGGGGGGGGGUUGCUUUUUUGUCCUAUGAAGGAGAAGACUUUCCCGGGUCUGCGGUUCACACAUCUGUCCCUUCCUAGCCAAGUGAGCCAGCCCUGGCAGCUCCUCAUGGGGGACAUGGGGCAGUGCCCACAAGGCUGCCAUUGGGGCCAGUGACGGGAGAGGGCGGCCACAGGGAGUUUCUGGACCAGGCCCAACCUGUUCAAGGGGCCCAUCUCUGCCUCCCUGAUAAGCUGUGCAGGCGAGCCUGGCUAGGCCACCUACAUUUGCACGUGGGUCCGCAGGCAAGAAGGUUCUAGAAGCAUAAUUUCUUUUUCUAAUAGGAUCCUUUUAACACUAUUGGCUUUAUGGGAUAAUUCUAGAUGGUCAUAUAUACCUAAAAGUGCUACUGUGAGGUGCUUUUAGUCCAGUGGCACUUAACACGAAGCCUCCAGAAAGUCAUUUUGCCUCUUCUCCCUUCAAGCACAAGCUUUACUGCAAAAGGGCCAGUUACAUUUCUGUAUCUCUGAACCACGGCCUUCUGCUGACUGACAGUACUUUUUAAUUUUGUCCUAUUAAAUAUUCUUGAAUGUAUUAAAAUUGCUGAAACACA